AUGGCUCCCGCGUUGACACCCUCGCAAGCCGCCGUCAUCAAGGCAACAGUCCCCGUCCUCGCGCAGCAUGGCGAAACCAUAACACGGAAAUUCUAUGGCGACAUGCUGACAGCACAUCCGGAACUCAAGAACAUCUUCAACAACACGCACCAAGCCACCGGCCACCAACCGCGCGCUCUAGCCGGCGCUCUGUACGCCUAUGCCGCCAACAUUGACGAUCUGGGCAAGCUCGGCCCGGCGGUGGAACUCAUCUGCCACAAGCACGCCAGCUUGUACAUCAAGCCGGAGCAGUAUGAGAUUGUGGGGACGCACUUGCUGCAGACGAUGAAGGCGGUCCUGGGCGAUGCAGCGACAUCUGAGAUCAUGGGCGCCUGGGGCGCAGCCUACUGGCAGCUGGCCGAUAUCAUGAUCCAGAAAGAGAAGGCAUUGUACGACGAGACGAGCUACUGGCACGAGUGGCAGGAUUUCAAGAUCGCGAGGAAGGAGCAGGAGUCGGAGGAGAUCACAUCGUUCUACUUCGAGCCUGUGGAUGCGGGGCUGAAGUUACCUCGGUUCAAGCCGGGACAGUACAUCUCGGUGAAUGUUUUCGUGGACGAGCUCGAUGGUGGUGUGUGGCAGGCGAGGCAGUACAGUCUGAGCGAUGCGCCGGGGAAGAACUAUCUGCGUAUCAGCGUGAAGAAAGAGCCGGGUGUUGAGAUUGGCGAGCCGAAGCAUAUGACGCAUCCAGGGUACAUAUCGAAUGUCCUCCACGACAAGAAGAGUGUGGGCGACGUGGUUCGCUUGGCGCAUCCAUUUGGCGACUUUUUCUUCGACGAGAAAGAGACGGAGAAGGACAGCCCCGUUGUCCUAAUCUCAGCCGGUGUAGGCCUGACGUGCUUGUCGAGCAUUCUCAAUACGCUCGUGGAGGAGACCGCCGCGAGGCCUAUUUCUUGGAUCCACGGCGCGAGGAACCACAAGGUACGAGCGUUCAAGACGCGGACCGAUGAGCUGGCCGCAGCGCACGAAAACCUUCAUGCGCUGUAUUUCUCUUCGGAGCCCAAGGACGGUGAGAUCGAGGGCAAGGACUACAACAUUAGAGGCAAGGUGGAUCUGGACAAGGUCGGCAGAGAGCUGCUCUUCACGGACAACGACAAGACACAGUACUUCGUCUGCGGGCCGACGCAGUUUAUGCUGGAUAUCGAGAAUAAGCUGAAGGGCUUUGGAGUGCCGAGCGAAAGGGUGAAGAUGGAGUUGUUCGGGACUGGGGGCGUGCCGAGGGUCUAG